AUGGCCGCUCUAAACAAGAGACAGCUUCUUCUCCUGCUACUUUUGAGAAGGAGAAAACAACGAAGAAAAUACAGAAAAAUAUUCUGGGUACGAAAGAUAUUUGCAGAAAGGAAACAUAAAGGAGAAUUUCAUUGUUUAGUCCAAGAAAUGAAGCUGUUUGAUCACGAAUUAUUCUUCAAACAUUUUCGAAUGUUGCCCAGUAAACUGGAAGAAUUAUUACAGUGGGUAGCACCAAAAUUAACAAAGUCUGCGGUUAAACGAGAUCCAAUCGGCCCAGAAGAGAGACUAUGUGUUACUUUAAGAUAUGUCGUAACUGGAGAUUCACAAGUAACCAUUUCUGGAAGCUACCGGAUUAAUCAAGCAACAGUUGGUCGUAUUAUCAAAGAAGCUCUGAUGCUAUCUGGGAUACACUGGUCGAGAAAGGUUUUUUAUCCGCUCCUGUGCAAAAAGAUCAGUGGAAAAAAGUAG